AUGUCGGGCGCAACCAGCAAGACGUACCAAGUACGCUCAGAGGGGAUUUUCCUCGGAUUGCCUGUUCUAGAUACUUCUUUGAAGGGCCUGAGAGCCAUAGUCGUUGGCGCAAGCGGUCAAUCUGGUCGACCCGUGGUCGAUGUGCUAAGUGCCAAUCCGAAUCGAUGGGAGAAAGUGUACGCGUUGUCGAGGCGGCCGCCAACAACAGAUGCGAAGAGCGUCGAACAUGUUCAAGUAGAUUUACUGUGGGAGCCUGAGCGGAUCGCCAGUAUCUUAUGCAAACACAAAGUCCAAGCGGAUUAUAUUUUCUACUUCGGCUAUGUACAAGUUGCAAGGCCAGAUACUGAUUCGGAGGUAUUUGGGAAUCCCGACCACUUGGCCGAAACCAACGGACGGCUCUUCGAGAAUUUCCUGCUCGCCUUGGAUCAAGCCAAUAUUCAACCCAGACGUAUCGUACUCCAGACAGGAGGCAAGAACUAUGGGGUUCACCAAGGGCACGUCAAUGUACCACUUACAGAGGGUGCACCGAGGGUAGAACUGGAACCCAACUUUUACUACACUCAGGAAGAUUUACUGGCAAAGUACAUUACGACACACCCUGGAGCGAGCUACAAUGUCACCAUGCCGCAAUGGAUCUUGGCAGCCGUCGACGGGACAGACAUGACCAUCUUCUAUCCGCUGGCAGUGUACGCUUCCAUCCAACGAAAGCUCCUCCAACCUCUCAAAUAUCCCGGUGACCUGACAUCCUGGGACAACAACCAUCCCAUAUCUACAGGAUUCAUCCUGGGUACAUUCUAUGAGUGGCUGGUCGUGACCGAAGGUACCGAAGGCGAGUCUUUCAACAUCACUGACGGAUCGGAAUUUACCUUUGGGAGAUUUUGGCCCAUUCUGGCCUCGUGGUUCGGCUUGGAGUGGAGGCCUCCUCAAGACAACGAUAGCUACCACGAGGUAGAGCUGCCAUUCGUGCCACGGGGAUACGGGCCCAAAGGCAAGCUUCGGUCCACCUUCAGCUUCAUCGAGUGGGCAAAGGAGCCGGCAACGCGACAAGCUUGGGUCGAAUUGAAAGAAGAACACAAGCUAAACACCGACCCGUUGCAAGAACCUGAAAAAACGUUUGCUUUCCUGCAGUUUGCGCUCGAGCUAACUUGGUCCUGGCAGACUAGUAUGAGCAAAGCUCGCAAGCUCGGCUGGCACGGGUAUGUGGAUUCGAUCGAGUCUAUACACUCAGUAUUCCAGAAAUACACAGACAUGAAAAUGAUCCCGCCUUUCUGA